AUGAAGCCGACUAGGACGCCAAGAGACGACCGCCCUGUACGAGAGACGACUGUCCUGUUCCAGCGGAUCCUUUUUGGUGUGACGGCUACAGAAGGUUCAGGGGAUAUAAUUGUCAUAACUCUUAGCUGCCCAGUACAAAGAAGUAGGGACCCACCCCAAGAUCCUACCUGCCGGGUUGAUGCUUGCGAUCGCAGCCUGUUAAAUCUAUCUAUCUAUCUAUCUAUCUAUCUAUCUAUCUAUCUCAAGCAGUUCAAAUCUAUCUAUCUCGGUCUAUUAAAUCUAUCUUUCUAUCUCUGUUCAUAUCUAUCUAUCUAUCUAUCUAUCUAUCUCAAGCAGUUCAAAUCUAUCAAUCUCAAGCAGUUCAAAUCUUUCUAUCUCUGUUCAUAUCUAUCUAUCUAUCUAUUAAAUCUAUCUAUCUAUCUAUCUAUCUAUCUCAAGCAGUUCAAAUCUAUCAAUCUCGGUCUAGUUAAAUCUAUCUUUCUAUCUCUGUUCAUAUCUAUCUAUCUAUCUAUCUAUCUAUCUAUCUAUCUUGUUCUUUCUUUCUAUUUGCCUGUCUGUUUCUUUCUUUCUCUUUCCUUUUUUUAUACAUUUCUUUUUUUUUUCUUUUUGUAUGCCGUUCCUUCUUUCUUGGUUUUUCUGUCUGUUUCGUUCUUGUCUUUUAAGAUAUAUCUCAGUCUAAUAAUAUCUAUCUUAGUCUGUACAUAUCUAUCUAUCUAUCUAUCUAUCUAUGUCAAUAGAUACCGUCAUUUUUUCUGUCUGCCAUUCUGCCUGUGUGUUUGUUUCUUUUUUAUUUCUUUAUGUAUUUCUCUUUCUUUUUCUAUUUCGAUACCGUUUUUCUUUCUUUCUUUCUUUCUUUCUUUCUUUCUUUCUUUCUUUCUUUCUAUACAAUAUUCUCUUCCGUCUUUUCGUCAUUCCCUCUUUAUUUAUUUUACAUUUUUCCUUCUUCAUUAUCCCCGCAGAUUUUUUAACGGCCGAGCCAUUUCUUCAAAGAUUACCGAAAUGACAGCCGACAUUGUAAGUGAAAGCAACCAUUUAAUUUCUAUGCAAAUAUGA